CGUGAAAGUAUCGAGCAUACAUGGUAUGUACCUUUUUGUUUUGUUUUUGAUAAGAAUGACCGACUGAUACAGGAUUUAGUGAUGUGUACAUUGAUUUUUUUGACUGUGAACGGUGAUAGUGACAAGUUUGCGGAUGACACCAUGUGGAUAUACUAAAAAAAUUGAUCAAGUCACCAUCAUCGUCGUCGCCCGUCGCAUCGAAACAAUUGCUUGCAUUUUACAACAGCCUACUAUGACCAAAGAGAUCAUCCGCGUCCUCGUGUGAUUUUUCGAUUUUUUUCGUACGAGUUUUAUUUUUGGAUUUUUUCGUGUGUGAAGUGUUAGAAAAAACUCAGUAACUGAUGAUUAUGGAGAUGACAAACGAGUUGCCUAGGUGGUACGAGAGUCCCAGGACUGGGACUUCGGCUAGUCCGGGCCAAGGAAUUGAUGGAGGGAAUUCAGACCUUACUUCCGGUGUAGCUGAGCAUAUGGGGACGUUCUUCUUGGAUCCUUCGGGUACCCAAAGGGCAGCUAGGUAUUACCACCAGACCAUGCAUUCGUCCUACGGCAGCCACGCGUCCAGGAUGUCGUCCGGUCAAGUCUGCAGGCCUCAUUUUCACGCACCCCUUCAUCCUUGGCUGUCUGAUAGCAAACCUCUAGCUCAUUCGAGUCCCUGGGUACCAUUUGGAGGAAGUGACCCGGACAAAUCGCAGUCCCCUAGUUCAGUACCCACGCAAGCACACAAUAUCUUCUCAUUUCCUCCAACGCCACCUAAGGACUCCACGCCUGACUCCGUAGCGCCCUCUGCUGGAGGUCCCGAAUACCAGAGCGCCGUAUCAGCUGCCAUGGGAGCCUUCAUGCACGAGAACCCCCAGUCAUGCGCAUUGGAUAUUAAACCGACCGGAAUGGGGGGUUCGAACAACAAGCAGCGUGAAGGUAGUGAUUACGAAGGGGGCACUAUGUUUAAUGGUAACUUUGAAGGCACGUACGGGACUGCGUAUGCCCACGGUAUUCAUGGGGGCUCGUAUUCGCCCUCGAACAAGCAGCAUUUAGGGGUCAAUGGGGCGCAAGGCGUUCAGUCGCCCAAUAAGCCACGGAAUAAAUCUAGAACUAGCGCCGAGGGUAGAGAGUGCGUCAACUGCGGGGCGACAAGUACUCCACUGUGGAGAAGGGACGGCACUGGUCAUUAUCUAUGCAAUGCAUGUGGACUUUAUUACAAGAUGAAUGGACAAAACAGGCCACUCAUCAAACCCAAAAGAAGACUGAGUUUACAAAGUGCGGCGAGGCGAGCAGGAACGAGUUGCGCGAACUGUAAAACCACAACUACGACCCUCUGGAGGCGCAAUCAGAACGGGGAGCCUGUCUGUAACGCCUGCGGACUCUACUAUAAACUACACAACGUUAACAGGCCAUUGACGAUGAAAAAGGAAGGCAUUCAAACUCGCAACAGAAAACUUUCUUCAAAGAGUAAAAAGAAAAAAUCGGGUGCAUCGUGUCUGUCUUUGGGCGGCAUGAUGGGUGACAUGAUGAAGCCUUUAGAUAGCAAAGGUGCCUUCGGUGGAGGCUUCGGUGCAGGUAUGGGUGGCGGACAUCCGCAUCUUAAUGCUGCUCUUCAUCCUCAUCACGCUAUGACACAUUGGCAUCAGUAUCAGCAUACCCAAGGGUUCGUUUCAGGCCCACCUCCACCCGCCCCACCAUCCGCAGCUUCGUAUCACCAUCAUAUGAGUUCGUUAAGCGCUGCUGGGUUAGGAUUAACGUCAAACGGAAUGACAAGUUGGAGAUCAGAAUACACGUGAUAAGGAACAUCAGAAGCCUUUACGAGGAAUUAAUUUAUAAAAUUAUGUAGAUAUAGAAUCUAAGGUAAAGAUAAAAAUAAAACAUGAAUUUUAAAGGUGAUCAUUGUAAACUGGUCAAAAUUUCUCUGUAAAUUUGUAUUUAAUUUUAAUGUAUAUUUUGUAAAAACACAUAUAGCUAUAAGUAAUUUUUCAGCAUUAAUUAAUAAUUAGAAAAAAAGCAAUAAAAUGAUUUAGUAAACGACAAGCGAAAUAGAAAAAAUAGGACGAAAGUAUUUUGUAUUUAUGUUUUUGGAGUCUUGUAAAUAUUUUUUAAAUUUAUUUCGAAGGUUUUUUUACUUAGGGCCGGUUUAUUUAAAAUUCAGUUGGGUCAAAUUUACCAUUAUAUUCCGUAUAUAAAACUAUUUAAUUAAUAAUAUAACAAUUCUAAGAAUUGCUAAUAAUUAUUAGUGAAAAUAGGAUGUUUCCAGGAAAAUGGUCAGACAUACACAUAAGGCUAUAGAAAAAAUGUCGUCUAACACAUGACAACACCAUAUCCAAAAAUUUGUUAAUUACAAUUUUACAUGAAUCAUGAAAAUCAUUUUCAAUUUUCAUGAAUCAGAAAAAUAUGUUCCCAUCUUUCUGCAUAUUUUUCCAUAUGUUUUACUUGGAUAUAAGUAAGUAUACAAAAUAUCCAAUUAUUAGUAUCUUCAUAAAUUUUGUCAAUGAGGCAGAUGCAUAAUGUCUUUGUUUUAGAAGUUUAUUCGCUGUGGAUACCUUUGAACUCUUUAUAAUAAAAAAAAAUACAAAAUUGGUUUGUUAAAUUUAAGAUUUAAUUUUUGUGAAUUAACAACUCAAUAGUACGGGUAGUUUCACUUUGAACAAUAAUUCUGAAAAGUUUCUUAUCCAGCGAUUUUGUGAUCAGUUUAUAAUGUAUAAAAAUUAAGUACAAAAACGAACAUUGUAAUGUAUUGUAAAUAGAUGUAGUUUGUCUAAAGGUAAUUUUAUAAUACAAGUGACGAUUUGUAUAUAAAAAAGUUUAAUUAUAUGUGCAAUCUUCACGUUAAAAGUAUUUAUGUAUGUAUGAGUGAGACGAAACGCGAAAAUUUGCCAGAAUUUUUCAUCAAAACUUCUUUAAUAUAAAUCAAUUUUAUUGAUUUAUAUCGUCGAAAUUAAUUACCGAUUUGAAAAAUAUUAUUUUUCGGAUCUAGCUAUGAAUUUUUUAUAAGAUAGAAAAAAUAUAAAAAUUAUAAGAUAAAAAAAAACACAAAAUUAAAAAUCUAAUUUUUAUUUAACUUCUGUCUUCUCCAUUAACUGCGUACAUCAUGUGGCACAAUUUGAACAAUAUGUUUUUCUAAAAAAUGUUGGUAUAGGAACUUCAUACCAUUGAGGAAUAGUCUUAGUACCUAUUUUUCGAUACUAUCCAAGUUUUUAAACUGAUAAAUUAUAGUAUACACUAGUUAAAAACAGAGGUGUACGUGAUUAUACGUGUGGUAAUUAUAAAUCAUAUUUUUUAUUGGGUACAACAUACCAUGAAUAUUUACGUAAAAAAAUUAAAAAUAAAUCAAAAUGUUUAUUUUUAUUGGAAUAAAUAUUUAUUCACCAGAAUCUAAAAACGUUCGAUAAAUACUGGAUAAAUAACGUAUUAUGUCAAAUACUGGAACAGUAAUUAAAACAGAAUGAUUGCAUUAAUGUUUAUAAUCAGUAGAAACAACUUACAGAAGCAAUGAAAAUAAUUAUUUCUACAAUAUUUCCAAAACGACGUUAACCAAGCUGUUAAUUUUCAAAUAUCAGAAACUGAAUUACUAUUUGAGGACAGACGGGAAGAGUCACAAAUGAACAGCCUACAAAAAUAAAUAGCGUUAAGAUAAUAAUACCAGCAGAAGUAGCAAGUUAUUGGUAACGUAAAGGAAGAAAAAGUUGCCAAAUCCGCCAAAAUAUGUGGAGAAAUGUUAAAAUGAAUUAAUUGUGACUUUAUUAAUAUACAUUAUAUUAUUAACAUCUAGAAUAUUAAUAACAAAAUAUUUGCCAACGGGACAUAUUUUAUUCUUUUGACCAACCGAUAAACACAAAAUUGUAAUAGUAUUUGUAUUUUCUUCUUUCCAUUCAAUAUAUGUAUUCAGAAUAAAAUUUUCCAAAAGUCGCUGAAAAUAUAAAAAGGGGUACAGCAAGCGGUGUAGACUAAUGCGAAGCUUCAUACUAUAUUUUGUGUAUUUUUAAAUUUUAAAUAAUAUUUUAAGAUUGAAUAAACUAAAUUCAUUAUUUAUUUAUUAUUUUUUUAUUUUAUUAUUUUUUUACAUUCAUCAAAGUUAAUUUAUUUAUUUCUUUAUUUAUUUAUCUUAACAAUUUUUUUGUAAAUUCGAAAGUACAUAAAACCGGUGGUUCACAUGGUGCAUGACGGGCUCCCCUCGUCGCGUAGAUGAACUCUUCCAGCUAUUUCGUGACGCUACUUUCGUGACCAGCGCCUCAGUAUUUUACCAGAGAGAAGUAGACUCUUCUUCUCUAUAGUAAAGACGCUAUAGUCGUAGCUAUAGACUCGUAAACUAUCACAGACGCUACCUACAAGAAAAUUGAGGCUUUCAAAAUGUGGCUUUAAAGUCGAAUACUGAUUAUAUAUUAUACUAACCACGUUUCUAAUCAGGACGUCUUGUUAAGGAUACAAAAAAAAAGAAUAAGACCACAAUAAAAACAACCAAAAUUGAAUACCUCGGUCACAUCAUGAGGAACAGCGAAAGAUGUGGAUUGCGGCAACUAAUCUUACAGACAAAAGUGGAAGCAAAAAUGUGCCUGAAAAAUCUACGUACCUAAGUGGUUCAGCACAAUCACAAAUUUUUUGAGAGCUGCAGUGUAGAGAGUACAGAUUGCCAUGAUUGGUGCCAACAUCCGAAACGAAUAGGCACUACAGGAAGAAGAAUUCUUGGAAUCUAAACUUAAUUAUCUAGGACACAACUACUGAAUAGGGAGAUACUGAAGAAAAAUGAGACCCACGAUGCAGAAAAUACUACUGGCUAAAAAAAUUACGAGAUUAGAUAGGCAUGAAUACACAUUUACACAUGCUCAAUAUAGGGAUCAUUUUAUCGUAAUGAAGACAUACCUUCAGCAAUUGACAGAAUACAUAAAGAAGAAAAAAUAUUCGAUAUUUUAAUAUAUAGUUAGCCCCCUUUUAACUCUAAUAUAGUUUAUCUAAUGAAUAAAUCAAUGUAUGCAUCACAAAUCUACAACUAAUUAAAUCAUAAAAUUCCAAAAUCAUAAAAUACCGAAAAAAUUCUUUGUUGACCAGGGCGGAUCUGUGAAAAACGUCUAUUUUUGAAUAUGCGAGGUGGCAUUCGGAUUUUUGCAGAUAAAGUUAGGUGACAGCUUCAAUAGUAAUAAUUGAAUGCUCCUUCUCAAAUAUGCCCGUAACAUUAAUAAAAAAUUUAAAAUAUAUAAAAAUUUCGAAAAACACCGAUUUUUUUCUACUUUCUUUGCUUAUAACUUUAAAACGAUUCAUUUUGGAAAUAAGUCGUAGGGAAGUAAAAUAAAGAUACUUGAAUUUUGUAUCAUGUUCGUCCGGUUAAAAAUGUCUUAAAUUAUUAACCUUUCUGCAAAAUAGCAAUAAGUAUAAAAUAAGUGGGCAGAAUAAGCCUAUUCUUAUUCAAUGUUUUUCAACCACUUUGGUUGCACUUAGAACCUUCAUAAUUCGCUUAGAAAAUUUUUACAACGUACUUAAAUCGUACACCAAAUUUCAUUAAAAUCGACUUAAUAGAUUUUGCAUAAUAAUUUUGCAAUCAAAAUUUUUGUAAAAAAGUUAAAAAUUUUUAAAAACUUUGUGAACAAAAAGUAGACGAUUUAGAAGUUUGAUAAUUUUUUACAAUAUAAAAAGGCGCUCUACCUAUCUAAUGCACUUUACAGAACUAAAAUUGGAUUAUUUAAGCGGCCUCAGCACUGUUUUAAAGUUAUAAACAAUUUUUUGGUUUAUAAACAAAUACAGUGAGGACGUUUGAGUUGGAAUAAAUUCGUUUUCAGUUAUUUAUCAAAUAAACAUUUUUUUUGUUUUAAGACAACAGUAAAAUGUAUUUCGAAUUAAAUAAAUUAUAUACUUUCUUUUUGUCUCAAAUAAUUUAAAAAAGAAAUUUUUGGGCACCCUGUAUAAAUAAUUAUGUUAAUGUCUAUACUAAUGAAUAGAGAAUUGAACAACCUUUCGAAUAAGCUAGACACGACCCCUAUUCUCAUUUAAAAAAUCAUCGAUUACGCCAUCACACCCAGAUGGAUGAUGUUACUAGUAUGAUAUAUAUGCCAAAAAAUUAUAAUUUAAAUAUAAAAAUCGACCUGUUUCGGGAUUUAUUUCCAGAGUCGCCCGUUCUCGAGAAAAUAAAUUUAUUCCAACUCAAACGUCCUCACUAUAUUUGUUUAUAAGCCAAAAAAUUGUUUAUAACUUUAAAACAGUGCUGAGGCCGCUUAAAUAAGCCGAUUUUAAUUCUGUAAGGUGUAUUAGAUAGGUAGAGCGCCUCUUGAUAUGAAAAAAAUUAGCAAACUUCUAAAUGGUCUAUUUUUUGUUCAGAAAGUUUUUAAAAAAUAUUAACUUUUUUAAAAAAAUUUAGAUUGCAAAAUUGUUAUGCAAAAUCUAUUACAUCGAUUUUAAUGAAAUUUGGUGGACGGAUUAAGUAUGUUGUAAGAAUUUUCUAAGCGAAUUACGAAGGUUCUAAGUACAACCAAAGUGGUUGAAAAACAUUGAAUAAAAACAAGCUUAUUUUGACCCCUUAUUGUGAAUUUAUUGCUAUUUUGCAGAAAGGGUAAUAACUUAAAACAUUUUAAACUAGUCGUGUGUCAUACAAAAUUCAAUUAUCUUUAUUUUAUUUCCCUACGACUUUGUUUCAAAAUGAAUCGUUUUAAAGUUAUAAGCAAUGAAAAUUGAAAAAACAUCGAUGUUUUUCGAAAUUUUUAAAUAUUUUAAUUUUUUUAUUAAUGUUCCGGGCAUAUUUGAGAAGGAUCAUAAGUCAAUUAUAAUUACUGGAGUUGUCACUUAAUUUUAUCUGCAAAAAUAUAAAUGCCACACCUCACAUCCACCUCAAAACAUAUCCGCCCUCGCCUAUUGGGUUUUGAUGAAAAAUUCCGGUUCAGAUAUUGAUAGACUGCAAAUAUUGUAAAUAAACUUUGGUUCAUAAAAAGCCGACCAAUUGUUAAUUCAAUUCAAUAUUUUGUACAAAAGUAUAUUUAUUGUCAAAUUUUUAGACUAUGUAAAAGUGCUCAAUAUCUAGUUUUCUUUAUUAGUUAUAUAAUUUCAAAUUGAUUAAAAAAAAGUUUUUUGAAAAAAAAGUUUAACAUGAUAUUAUCUAAAAAUAAUUUCUUAUAAAUAUUUUCAUUUAUUUAAUGUACGAAAAGAAAAAUGUUUACUAGUCCAGGAACCGAAGCUGUUCACCUCGCAAUUUUUACAGAAUGGAUCGAUUUGCUUGAAAAUUUGAGAAUAGAUAGUGGAUAGUCCAAGAAUCAACAUCUAUAUGAUGCCGAAAGGCGCUUUUACCAUGGAUGGUUGCCAUGGGUGGUUUAUUAUAUUUUGACUACAAAAGUUAAUAAAAACAUUCAUUCUAAGCAAAAACUGUUCUAUACAUUUUUUUGAUAAAAUUGAUACUUUUCGAUUUAUUCGCUAUCGAAAGUGAUAGUUUUAUAUCGAAAAAAUCAAUGUUUUUCGAUAUAUACUCAUUUACCAUUCACUCAAUUUUUGCCGUAGAAAAAAUAUUUUGAAACCAAGUUCUUAGGAUUUAAAUAACCUACAGUUUCAUAUUAAAACAUUUUUUCGUAUAUUUGAUGCUAAUCUUUCUAUUCUGAAGAAAAUGGCAUUUUUUACCAAAAUACAAAAAGUCGUUAUUCGCUUUUAACUCCAAUUUUUUUAAAAGUUAAUCAUUAUAUUCUACAUUUAUAAUCAAGAUGCAGUAGAAGUAAAUAAACCGAGACACGUUAACUGUUACACAAGCAGCACUCCUGAAUCAUGAUUUACAAUGUAUAAAAUUUGUAAAUCAUUAUAUGUGAUUUACAAUGUAUACACAUUUUAAAUCAUGAUUCAGGAGUGCCCCUUGUAACAGUUAACGUGUCUCCGUUUGUUUACUUCUACUGCAUCUUGAGUGUGAAUGUAGAAUAAGCUAGUCAAACUUCUAGAAUAUAUUAACCGUACAUAAAUAAAGAAGAAUGAAUAAGGCCAAUGAUUAAAAACACCGCCAACUUACAUUAUUAUGCUUCCAAUUGGAUUUCUCCUUUUUUUUUUCAAAAAAAUAUAUUGAUUUUUUUAACCGUGACCUUCUUAAUUUUUAUCUUAGAAAGUUUGUUGAAAAAUAAUUUUAUAUGUUUUUACAAGGUCUAUAAGGAUAUUAAUACUAAAUCCUCUUAAAGUACUCAGUCGUAAAAAAUGGUGACUUUGAAAGGGUUGGUAAAGGUGGUUUUUGCAUGUUAUUACCAAUUUUAAUGGUCAAUAGCUCACUCAAUUUUUACCGUAGAAAAAAAUUUUGCAAAACAAUUUCUUGGGAAUUAAAUAAGCUACAAUUUCAUAAUUAAACAUUUUUUCGUAUCUCUGAUGCUAAUAUUUCUAUUCUGUAGAAAACGAAUUUUUUUACCAAACUCUAAAAAUUCGUUAUUCGCUUUUGACUUCAUCUUUUUUAAACUAAUUAUUCGAAGCCGGCUAAACUUCUAGAACCUAUUAAUAAUACAUAAAUAAAGAAGACCAAAUAAGGUCAAUGAAUAUAUUUAAUUAGUAUGGUGAUUAGGGGUUUGCUUCCGAUCACUUCUUCGCUGAAAAAAUAGGGACUGACGACUGACAUUCUUUUCAUUAUAAACCACUUAAAUUUUGAGCUAGAGACUUUUUUUUAUUUCUGGAGAUAGAUAUUUUUUUAUAGUUCAAAUUAUUAGUUUAACAUUUUCUACUCUAAAAAUGAAUAGUUUUCUCGUCUUUUGACUUUGAUACCACAAUAUUUACUACAAUACUACAAUGAUACUACGAUAAAGUAUAGCUUGAUUACUAUUGGUCUUAAAGAAAAUUAAAAAAAAACGGUUUUGUUGAGUUUUUCACAAGGUACAUAUUUGUUUAGCACAGUUGGUUUAAUAAAACGAAAACUUUUUGAGAUAUUUGCAGAAAACUGAUUAAAAACAUUGAUUUUUUGAUAUAAAACUAACACUUUCUAUAGCGAAUAAAUCGAAAACUAUUAAUUUUAUCAAAAAAAUGUAUACAACGUUUUUUGCUUAGAAUGAAUGUCUUUACCAACUUUUGCGGUCAAAAUAUAAUACAAAAUUUCCACCCCCGACAUGAGGUGGAACCACCCCCAUGGUAAAAGCGCCUUUUGGCAUCGUAUAGAUUUUGAUCUUUGGACUAUCCAAUACUUAUUCUCAAAUCAAGCAAAUCGAUCUAUUCUGUAAAUAUUUCGAGGCUUUGUCCUAUUUUAAGCUUCAUUACUUGGACUUUACGUAUUAUGUACUUAUAAAGAGUAAAUAAAAAAUAUUCAUUCUAUAAAAAUAUACAAGGUUUUGGUAUCGUUUUUAAAUACAUAUUCUGGAUUAAUAUUCAAACUGCUUUAGUUUCAACGUAAAAUAUCCAUUGUAGAUUAGCGUCUAUAAUAAUAUACUUUUUCAGCUCAAUGAAUUUUCUACCUUCAUAUUUUGCUCCUUUUCUCCUUUCUUACUUUAUACUUCGGAAUAAAUUUUUUUAAUUUUUUUUUAAUCGAAAAAUGAGCUUUUACAGGAAAUCAAAUCGUCAAGUAGGAUGGUAAAAUGUUAUAUCCACUCUACUCUUCUUAUGGUGCCAAAGCUUAAUGUUGAUUUAAUGAGAAAACUGGAAGCUGUUGAGAUGUGGCUUUUUAGGAGAAUUUUAAAAAUACUAUAGAUCGAUCAUAUUACAAACAUAAUGGUGUUUCACAGAAUGGGAAGAGACAGAGAACUUUUCACCACCAUUAAAAGGAGAAAAGUAGCAUAUUUGGGGAUCAUACUUACACAUACAUACAGAAAUGAUAAGUACGAGUUAUUACAGCUGAUUAUUAUGAAAAGUAAAAUCGAAGGAAAAAGGAAUUCUGGUAGAUGACAAAUAUCGUGGCUGAAAAACAUUCGCGUCUGGACCGGGUUAAACACACGGACGCUUUUAAGAAAAGCAACUUAUUUGCAAUGGCUAUAGCCAACCUUCAUUAGUGGAGUCGGCACUAGAGAGAGAUAUGGUCAAGAAACUAAACCAGUGGAAACGACACUAAGGACCAUGACGCUGAAGUGUUUAAAUAUAUUACCAGUAAUCUCUCUCUCUCUCUCUCUCUCUCUCUCUCUCUCUCUCUCUCUUGUCGUUUCCUCAUUACUGAGGAUCGUGAUUUCUUCCAAUAUUACUAACAAUGUUUCUCCAUUGGUCUCUAUUUUCAGCAGCUCUACGAGCUUCGCAGAAUGAGUUUCCAGCUGAAUGUUUUAUUUGGUCAGACCAUCUAGUUGGUGAUCGUCCUCUUGAUCUUCUCCCCGGAACGUUUCCAGAAACAGUUAAUCUCUCUAAACUGUCGUCACCUCUGCGAACGACGUGACCAAAGAAUUGCAGAAUUCAUUGCAGACAUAUUGUGAACAGCCUUUUUUUUAAUAUUGAGUUGGUUUAGAAUGGAAACGUUUGUCCUAUGAGCUAUCCAAGGUAUGCGUAGCAUUCUUCUCCAGCACCACAUCUCAAAGGCAUCAAUUUUUUGGCGCUCGCAUGCGCGAAGAUUCCAAGUCUCUGCUCCGUAUAGAAAUAUUGAGAAUACAAGGGCAUUCACCAGUCUCAUCUUGAUAUGGUACUGGUAUUGUACCAGUAAUGGUGAUGUAUUUAAACUAUAAAAUAGAACAAAAUAAUAUUUUGUUCGAUUCGAAACAACUUCAUAGUAGGUUGUGCAACAAGUCACUACUUAGUACUUAAUACCAAAAUUUUCUAUAUUCUAAUUGAAAUUAAAACUACAUGUUGAGCCACAUUGUCACCAUGUUUAUACUAUGCAGUACCUAUUCUUGUUAAAAUGUUUUUAAUUUAUUAUUUUGUUUGUUACUUAAUAAACGGCGGUUUUUUUCCUGAAUCAGUUUUGUACGCAAGAUGCAAUUCGACAUAGAAAUAAUUAAAAUAUUGUGACAUUUUCAAAAACUGUACAUAAAAAUUGAUGUAUGUAAUAAAUAAUAACGCUCUUUGUGUGAUAUAUUAAAAAUAUUCAAACAUUCAA